CUUUUUUUCCUUAGCGUGUAGAAUUGGAAAAUAAGAAUGGUUUUCGGAAUUGCAAUCAAAUCAUAAUUGGCUGUAAAAUAAUUCGUGAAAAGAGUAAAAAUAUAGGACAAAUCACGCUAAAAGUUGCCCUAACGUUUGGCGUCAAAUCAGAUUUGUGUGGUGCGAUCGUGGACAAUAAUAAUGUGAAUUUCGAAAUUACGGGAAGGUAAAGUUGUGCAACUUGAGUACUCGCUGGUACAAUUUUUCUACUCUACAUAUGAGAAGGUCCAGCGCGACGAGCCAAUUGAACGAAGCAAGGAAAAAAUGGAAUGCGAUGCUCGCUGCUACGUGCUAUAGGAAUGAAACCUGCAGCAGCUAUUCCUUCCGCCCUACCGAUUGGUCCUGCUGCUACCAUUAAUUUUGGUAGAGGCUUCAAACAUGAAAUGAUCGUUUUCGGAGGAAUUAAAAACAAAAGGUUAACGAAAAGAAAGAUGAAAUUUUUCUACUCUUGUUUAUGAGACCCAGCAUCAUCGCAGAUUGGGGGCCAUCAUCGCAGCAAUAGCAUCACAACAAACAAGAACAAUAAGAUCAUCCAACCCCAGCAUCUCGCCGAAAGAUAAUAAAAACCUAUAAAAACGAUCUCGAAAGGCAGACGAAAAGAAGAACACAUCCCCUGGCGCACACACACACACGUAAUAUACAUCAGGUAGAUUGAACAAAGGUCAGAGCGAGAGAGAAAGGAACCAGAAGGCAUUCAAGGAGGAACCACAAACAUCGCGGUCAAAAAGAAGCAUCAUUUCAAUCAUCACGAUAUUUGAGACGAAAAACGACGACCAAGACGCGAGUACGGAGAGUGCCAAUUAAUCAUUUUUAUUUCGUACAUAAGAGCUCUAGAUAGUCGUUCGGGUCACUUGAGUAAAGCUUUCUCGUUUGAACUUAUUGUAAGCUGUCUUUGACAGAAUGCUUUCCCGUAAAAGUAAAGACAAAUCUAUCAAGGAUGGAGUUGUGGGGAAGUACGUAAAACGCGAUACGCCACCAGAAAUUCCAAUUAUUAAUGUGUUGACGAGUGAAUCACAAGGGAAAAAUAAAUUGCCGAAAGGUAGGAGAAGUUCUCAGCAGCUCUUCGGAACCAACAAUGCAGCACAAACCAAUAAUGUGUAUGCUCCAAGCCCGCUGAUGCCAAAUAACAAUAUCAAUAAUGUGCAAAAAUUUGGUAAUGUGAAGGUAACUGCAUCGAUGGGCGGUUUAGGACAUGAAGGGAAAUACACUCCCAGCAACAAAAUUCCUAAUUUGGCUCAGAAAUUUAUGAACCUAUCGGUUCAAAAUGAUCAGCCAACAAUUUUGAACCCAACCAGUAAUGUUCUGAUGAUGUCUAAUAAUAAAAACCAACAAAUGCAGCAACAGGUUCAACAUCAACCACUAAUAAUGCCGUCGAAACCAUCAAACCUAUCGUUGACCGCAUCGGCGAGUAAUAAUAACAGUCACGGAAAUUACGUUGACAUAGAGACGAUAGAUCAAAUCCUAAUGAAUCAGUCUGAAGCCGACAAAGCUGCCAAUCAAUAUCGUAUACAGCAGCAACUACUACAGGCUCAGCAACAACAUCUGAGGCAACAGUACAUGAAUAAUUUUGAGAGGAAAUACUCGUACAGUCAGCUGCAUCAAAAUCUGAAUCCAAAUUUCCGAAAUGGUUUCGAGAACUACGGAAACCUGAUAAGGAACAAUAGUCCUACAACCCCAACUGCCUCGUCGAAUGUCAGUUUAUCGUCUGAGCAACAGUCACCUUUCGUUCGCCAAUAUUCCACCCGACAACAACUUCCGCCGCCGAAAGAUCACUACCAUAUCUACGAAAACCCCACUCAAAUUAAUCGAUCAGAGUCGCCGAUUUACAGCAACACUAAUUCGGGCAACAUCUAUCAAGGUUACCAGAGCAACAACUCUUCCCAUCAAUCCCUGUUUUCGAAUCUAACCAACACUUCUAGUAACGUGGCCGCGGUAUCUUCCUCCAUAACCUACCUGGCCACACGCCCUCAGCAGUCGCAAACUCAACAGCCGCUUUAUUCUAAUGUUGAAAAUAAUGGUAUGACAUAUGGUGAAGCGUUGCUGCACAAUGCUCGCCACAGUACCUCAAAUGGGUCGGUUCAACAACAAACUCGACAGCAGUCUUCCUCGGAAAACAGCAGCUCUUCGGCCACUGAAGAAGAGCUACCUCUGCCACCCGGCUGGUCAGUGGAUUAUACGCUCCGCGGUCGAAAGUAUUACAUUGAUCACAACACCAAAACUACUCAUUGGUCCCAUCCGUUGGAGCGGGAAGGUCUUCCCACCGGAUGGGAAAGACACGAGUCCGCCCAACACGGCACCUUCUACUACAACUGCAUCACCGGUCAAGCUCAGCACAGCCACCCGUAUUUAACGUCGUGUUAUCUACAUCACGCCACGCCGGUGGAAAUACCUCGCCCGCUGAUAGCUUCUCACACGCACUUUACCCCGCAUAGUGCUUUAGUCCCUGCGAAUCCCUAUUUGCUGGAGGCCGUGCCCGAGUGGCUUGAGUUUUAUGCCAAAUCCACGCCCGAAAACGAUCACAAACUGAAGUGGGAUAUGUUCCAGCUACAUCAGCUGGAAGGGAUUGCCGGUAUGCUGACCAAAUUGUUCCGCCAGGAGUGCCACAUGAUUGUGGUGAAGUACGAAACAUUGAGGAUAGCGAUUCGCUCGAUGAUGGAAGAGAAAAAGAGAUUAGCAUACUUAACGAACGCUGAUUCUAACGCCUAGAUCAAGGAAUUUUCUUUCUGCAAUUGCUGCUUACAACACAAGAAAAAAAGAUAAAAAAAACAUCUG